GACGUCUGUCUUACGAGCGCGGCGUAAAGCGGAUCCACUUUACGGCAAUCUGCUUCCGCCGUAAAGCGCGUCGGCCAGCCCGCGUUUGACAGAGUAACUUCCCGGUGGAAACCAGGCUCCCGAAGGUAGACGAACCCCACGUUUUCGCCAUGGGCAAACGCAGGAGCCGGGGCCAGAGCCAGUUGCUCAGCGCCCUGACUAAGAAGCAAAAGAAGCACCUUCGGGAUUUCGGCGAGGAGCACCCCUUCUAUGACAGGGUUUCCAGAAAGGAAGCAAAACCACAGAUGUGUCAACUGUCAGAGAGUUCAGAUACUUCACGUUCCGAAAGCGAAGGAGAGAGUGAACCAGAACGGGUUUCUGGGUACCACAGACUACUCGCCACGUUAAAGAAUGUUUCCGAGGAAGCGGAAGCGGAGGAGGAGAGUGUUGCAGAUGAGGCCGAAGGGAGUGAUGAAGAUGAUGGUAGCGGGGCUGGUGUGGAGGAAGAGACAGCCGCAGAGUCCACUGCAGUGCAGGAGAGUAUGGCCUUACCUGCUGACCUUGAGGAAAAAGAUGGGGACAGGCCAGCUGGCACAUCACAGAAAGCCUCUGAGGAGUUUACAGAUGCAAAACACGAGUCACUCUUUAGUCUGGAAACUAAUUUUCUUGAAGAGGAAAGUGGAGGCAACUGUUCUCUGAAAACAUCACAAGAUCCAUUUCUACAACAUGUGAACAAAGAACUGAAAGAAAAAGAAAUUCAGGCUGUUGACACAAAUCCCCAGAAUACCCACCAACUAAAAUGGCUCAUUCUGGGCCAACUUGUCUUUUCAUCCAAGUUUCAGAAGUUGGAAACAUUUAAACCCCCAAAGGACAUUGACUUAAAGUCACUUCAUCUCCAGAAGCCUCUGGAAUCCACCUGGACGAAGAUCAACAGCCAGUUCCUCUCUGGUCCCCAAAAAUCAAGUUGCCCCUUCACACCCCUCCAGAAAGAGCUCUUCUUAAUUAUGAAUUCCUACCGGGACCUGUUCUACCCAGAAAGGACUGCCCUGAAGAACGGGGAAGAGAUCCGCCGUGUGUACUGCCUGCAUGUGAUAAAUCAUGUCCUCAAAGCCAAUGCCCAGGUGCUCGGCAACAAUAGUAGACGCCGAAGCCAGAAACUUGGAGUGGGUGACGACGAUGACUUCAGGGACCAAGGGCUGACACGGCCCAAGGUGCUGAUAGUGGUGCCCUUCCGGGAGGCUGCCUUGCGGGUGGUGCAGCUCUUCAUCAGCCUCCUCGAGGGCGACAGCAAGAAGAAAAUAAUUGUGAGCAACAAAAAGAGGUUUCAGGGAGAGUAUGGCUCAGAUCCCACGGAGAGACCACCCAAUCUGAAGAGGCCGGAGGAUUACGAAGCUGUGUUUGCUGGCAACAUCGACGACCACUUUAGGAUUGGGGUGGCAGUACUUCAGAGAAGCAUCAGGCUCUACGCUCCCUUCUACUCCUCGGACAUCCUCAUUGCCUCCCCCCUGGGUCUGCGGACUAUCAUUGGUGGAGAAGGAGAGAAGAGAGAUUUUGACUUUCUGUCUUCUAUUGAGCUGCUCAUCAUUGACCAAGCUGACAUUUACCUGAUGCAGAACUGGGAGCAUGUCCUGCAUUUGAUGAACCACAUGAAUCUGCUGCCCUUGGACUCACAUGGGGUGGACUUUUCUCGAGUGCGGAUGUGGAGCCUCAAUAAUUGGUCCAAGUACUAUCGCCAGACCCUGCUGUUUGGUGCCCUGCAGGAUGCACAGAUCAAUUCUGUGUUCAACAAGUACUGUGUCAAUGUGCAAGGCCAGGUGUCUGUGAGGAACGUCCCGAUGACAGGUUCCAUCAGCCUUGUCCUGGUGCAGCUCCCACAUGUCUUCCAGAGGAUGGAAGUUGAAGACCUAGCUUCUCUGAUUGAUGCCAGGUUUAACUUUUUCGUGAACAAGAUUUUGCCUCAGUAUCGUGAUGCAGUCAUGUCUCACACGCUCAUCUAUGUUCCCUCCUACUUUGACUUUGUACGCCUCCGAAAUUACUUCAAGAAAGAGGACCUGAACUUCACUCACAUCUGUGAGUACACACAGAAGUCUGGUGUCUCCAGGGCCAGACACUUCUUCCUCCAAGGAGAGAAGCAGUUUCUGCUCCUCACGGAGCGCUUCCAUUUCUACAAAAGGUAUACAAUAAAAGGCAUCAGGAACCUGAUUUUCUAUGAACUGCCCACAUAUCCCCACUUCUACAGUGAUGUCUGUAACAUGCUGAGGGCCACCAGCAGAGGAGAGGAAGCUGCCUGGACCUGCACUGUCCUCUAUGCCAAGUACGAUGCCCAGAGGCUGGCCGCUGUGGUUGGCGUGGAGCGGGCUGCGCAGAUGCUGCAGUCCAAGAAGAGCGUCCACCUCUUUAUUACUGGAGAAACAUGAGAAUGGGUUGGACGGGAAAUACUUGGCAUGAUACAUAAUGCUCGAUUCUGCGCCGCUUGGCCCCAGUUCUGAUCACCUUUGCGAGAGAAGACUGCCGCAGGGGAGGAACACCAGGCCACAUCAUGUCGGAUAUGGCUUUCUUUUCAGGUCAUACGCCCCUGAAAAGCUAAAUAUAAACCAAAUUUUGUGAAUCAUAUCCUUCAGAGGUCAGGAGGGAGCUGAAGGGGCUCUGAGAAGUUGAGAGAAGGAAACUUCUACUUGUGAAUCUUUUGUAAGCCGUAAAUUCUUCUACUUAUUGUAUCUCUAAUUUAUUACAUUUGGUAAAUUCUUUCAGAUUUCCCUGUUUCUGUUGGACACUUAAAGUAAGGCGUACAUGUUGUUGCUUAUGAGAACACAUUGUGAGAAACCGGGAGGCUUGCUGCUGAAUAUCAUCUUAAUUUUGGAUUGCACAGGUUUUGCAAAACUAUUACUUUUUCCCCCACGAAACCUUUUUUAAACCUUAAAUAGCCUAGAAGAGUACAUUCAUGAACUGAAAAUAUUUUUAACUCAUAAUAAACAUUUUAGUUAAAAUAUUCCUUUAAAAAUCAUGUUAUUUAAAAUGACAUUAAUGUCUACUCUUGUUUCACAAAAUAAUUUUGUGGAACUAUUGAAGUAGCCAUUGUCAGCGUCACUGUCUCUUUCGUUCCUAAAAGUCAUUUUUUAAGUCAGAUAACAGUUAACAAUGAAAAGGAAGUUGUACUUUUCAAAACAUUUUUAUUUUGAAAUAUUCCCGGAAAAAUUACAAGUAAAGAAUCUGAACUGCUUGAGUAAAUUGCCAACUGCAUGGAGCUAUUACUCCUUAAAAUGACCCCUGAACCUAGUGUGUAUUUCCUAUAAACAAGGACAUUUUUCUGUGUAAUCACCAUCAAGUCAGGAAUUAAUGCCAUUAAUACCUGAUUACCGUCUGAUCCCUGGGCCCCAUUCAUGUUCUGUCAAAUGUCCCAGUAAUGUUCUUUAUAGCAAAAGGAUACAGUUUGGAAAGACA